AUGUCUGUUCCAAUCGAAACUCUCCUCAACAGCGAUUCACAGACUCCUCUUGACAAUUCCUCUUCUCCUCCACCAUUCGAAUCGUCGCCACAAAGUACAAAAACGUCGUCUACCUCUUCGUCCAAAUCGGAUCGUCCUUUUCAAUGUGUCGUUUGUGAAUACAGGUUUGCUCGACUCGAACAUUUGACCAGACACACGCGAAUACAUACCGGUGAAAAACCUCACGCUUGUCAACACGGCGGCUGCGGAAAAAGAUUCAGCAGGUCCGACGAGCUGUCUCGUCACAAUCGCACGCACGCGUUCAAGAAGAAGGACAAGUCUCGUGGGAAAAUGCCUCAAAUAACAUUUCGUCAUACUUCACUGUAUAUUCGGAACGCUGUUCAUAACGGUAGUAACCGUCAUACGGACUUUGAAUUCAUUUUUACGGAACAAACUAUACAAAGUAGUUCAGGACCAAAGAGGCACAAGUGUCCCCACUGCACCAGAACCUUUUGCAGAUUAGGGCAUCUCAGUAGACACAUUGAACAAGUACACAGGAACGGCAAGUCGAAAAAGAACGCAAACAACAAUGACAAUAGUAAAAACGGCCGAGACGACUACAGCCGUAGCGUGACACAAGAAAACAUUCCGCCAAGUCCCGCCUUUUCCGUCAGUUCGUCCGAAGGAUACGGGUCGGGCGUUGAUGAAGAAUUGCUGGCAUCUGGCUUUGUCUUGUCAAACAACGGCGACGCGAACGGUUUUUACCGAAACGCUUCUUAUGGUUCCUCGUCUCCGCCUUGCUGUGCCCCUCACUACAACACACGCGACCGGGAUUCACAAUUUUCAAGUAGACCAGCACCAAUCGAAUGUCGUGAAGCUUAUCAACCGUCAGUUGUUUCACGUGUAUAUGACGCGAUUAUUCCUCAGAAACCAUCGCAUACAUUGAGCGAAAUAAUGUUUAGCGUUAGUGCCGAUCGGACUUUGCCGUAUCCUGUAAGCAACAAUAAUCAUAACGCUAGUGGACGACAGUUUACAUGGCCAGCGAAUACGAGGUUUUAA